GGGUCUCGCGAGAGUUCGGUGCGCGGAGAGGGCGGGGGCUGGGGGGGGCCGGGCCCUGCUGAGGGGAGGCGGGAGCCCGAGCUCGAGACGCGGCCAGCGCGAGGCCCCGGCAGCGGCGGCAGCGGCCCUCCCUGAGCGUGGCGGAGCGGCGUGAAAUAUGGGCGACGACAGGCCCUUCGUGUGCAAUGCCCCCGGCUGCGGACAGAGGUUUACAAACGAGGACCACCUGGCGGUUCAUAAACACAAACACGAGAUGACAUUGAAAUUCGGCCCCGCGCGCACCGACUCGGUCAUCAUCGCAGAUCAGACCCCGACGCCGACUCGGUUCCUGAAGAACUGCGAGGAGGUGGGGCUGUUCAACGAGCUGGCCAGCUCCUUCGAGCACGAGUUCAAGAAAGCUGCUGAGGAUGAGGAGAAAAAGAGCGCCGGAGCCCUGGACAUGUCUCUGCCCUCGACCCCAGACAUCAAAAUAAAGGAGGAGGAGCCGGUGGAGGUGGACUCGUCCCCCCCAGACAGCCCUGCCUCCAACCCGCGGUCACCGCAGAGCAAGGAGAAGGAGAUCACCCCCAAGCCCGUGAUCAUUUCCACACCGACGCCAACCAUCGUGCGCCCCGGCUCACUGCCCCUGCACCUGGGCUACGACGCGCUGCACCCCACGCUGCCUUCCCCAACCUCCGUCAUCACCCAGGCCCCGCCGUCCAACAGGCAGCUCGGGUCAGUUAAACGCCGAGCAUGUGUCAGGGUUGAUAAAUGCGCUCGGUCGGGGAAUUAUUGCGGAGCCGCUUCGCGGAGCGCGCUGGCACCGCGGCUCCUAACGCUGUGUGGCUUUCCUCCCCGUCAGCUGGCGCGGCCGAUGUCCAUAGUGCCCAACAUUCCCGGCAUUCCCGGGCCGCCCAUCAACAGCAGCGGCUCCGUUUCCCCGUCGGGCCUCCCCGUGCACUCGGAAGCCAAAAUGAGGCUGAAGGCCAGCUUGACGGCGUCUUCCUCGCUGAACGGCAGCAACCUGGUGGUGGGCUCAGCCAGCACGAUGGUGACGGCGCGCCCGGAGCAGAGCCAGAUCCUUGUGCAGCACCCCGACGCCCCAUCGCCAGCUCAGCCACAGGUUUCCCCCGCCCAACCCACUCCCAGCACCGGCGGUCGCCGGAGGCGGACGGUUGACGAAGACCCCGAUGAGCGCAGGCAGCGGUUCCUGGAGCGGAACCGAGCCGCCGCCUCCCGCUGCCGUCAGAAACGCAAGCUCUGGGUGUCCUCCUUGGAGAAGAAAGCCGAGGAGCUCACAACCCAGAACAUCCAGCUGAGCAACGAAGUGACGCUGCUGAGGAACGAGGUGGCUCAGCUGAAGCAGCUGCUGCUGGCUCACAAGGACUGCCCCGUCACCGCGCUGCAGAAGAAGACCCAGGGCUAUCUCGAAAGCCCAAAGGAGAGCUCGGAGCCCACCGGCUCCCCGGCGCCCGUCAUCCAGCACAGCUCCGUCACCGCGUCCCCCAACGGGCUCAGCGUCCGCUCGGCGGCCGAGGCCGUGGCCACGUCGGUGCUGACGCAGAUGGCGAGCCAAAGGACAGAGCUGGCCCUGCCCCUGCAGCCCCACGUCAUCAUGGCCCCACAGUCGCAGUCUGCCGGCAGAUGAUGCGCGUGGCACCGAGCGGACGGCGGACCCGGUGCCGGAGAACCCAGCGUGGCCGCGUCCCCUCCCGCGGGACGGCGCGGAUUCGGGGUUUGGUUUUCUUCUCUUUGAAGCGAGUGAAGGGCAGCUCCGACGCUGCAGCGC